AUGGGUGCACUACUUAUGGGUGUACUACUUAUGGGUGUACUACUUAUGGCUGUACUACUUAUGGAAGUAAACGGCCUCUUCCCAGUGGUGUUCAACCUGGCCUCACGGGCACGCAUUAGCGCCAAUGCCACAUGCGGAGAGACUGGGGCAGAAGUGUUUUGCAAGCUCGUGGAGCAUGUUCGCAUCUUUCCAGCAGAAAAUCGCCAGUGCGACAUCUGUGACGCCAGGAGCAGCAACCCCAAGCAGCGACACCAGAUCACUAACGCCAUAGACGGCAGUCAGAAAUGGUGGCAAAGCCCCACAUUAACCAACGGAGCCAGAUACAACUACGUAACCAUUACGUUAGAUCUUGGCCAGAUAUAUCAGAUUGCUUACAUCAUCGUCAAAGCGGCUAACGCUCCCAGACCAGGCAACUGGAUUCUAGAGAGAUCCAUAGAUGGCGUCAACUACAUGCCAUGGCAGUACUUUGCUAUGUCAGAUAAAGAGUGUGAGGAUGCCUACCGUAUGCAUGCUACUGUUGGUGUGCCGACCUUCCUCAGGGACGACGAGGUCAUUUGCACGUCCAGAUACUCGGCCUUGAACCCGUUGGAGGAUGGUGAGAUUUUUGUAUCCUUGGUUAAUGGUCGACCAGGAGUGUUUCAGCCUAGUAAAGUUUUGAUGGACUUCACAUCUGCAAGGUAUGUCCGGCUGCGCUUCCAGAAGAUUAGGACACUUCAUGCUGACCUGAUGUCUUUCACAAGUAUUGAUCCUAAAGAAGUGGAUGCCUCUGUUACAAGAAGGUAUUAUUACUCAGUGAAAGACAUAUCUAUAGGAGGACAGUGUAUUUGUUAUGGACAUGCAAGUUACUGUGGUCGCCAUGACACUCUCCCAGAUAGAUUGCAGUGUCAGUGUUUACAUAAUACCAUGGGAGACAACUGUGAGAAAUGCCUGCCCUUGUUUAACCAGAAACCCUGGCAGGUUGGUGGCAUACAAAACAUUGGCUGUGAAGAGUGCAACUGCCAUGACAAGUCAAAUGAGUGUGUGUAUAAUGCAACAGUGGAUGCUCUUGGUCUCAGUCUUAACAAGCUGGCCAUGUAUGAUGGGGGUGGUGUCUGCUUAAAUUGCAGAGAAUAUACAACAGGCAUCAACUGUGAAAGAUGUUUACCAGGUUACUACAGACCCACAGGUAUGACACCAUCCAUGAGAUUUCCCUGCAGACCCUGCAGCUGUCAGGAGACUCAGACAUCAACUAGUGAUUGUGUGUCUGAUGACAGUCGUGUCACUGAAGGACUGAAUCCAGGGGAUUGUAUCUGCAAGAAAGGUUUCACUGGGCCUCAGUGUACAUUGUGUGCGCCUGGAUUUUAUGGCUACCCCAACUGUCAACCCUGUCAUUGUCAUGCUGCUGGCAGUGUGGAUUCCAGUGUGUGUGACAGAGCUUGUAUUUGCAAGAAAAAUGUGGAAGGUAGCAGAUGUGACAGGUGCAGGCGUGGAUUCUUUAAUUUAGACAGCACCAAUCCAGAUGGGUGCACACAGUGUUUCUGUUUUGGAGUGACUCCUGAAUGUGAAAGUGUUGGAUGGGGAUUAGAUAAG